CGCCCGUGCUUGGUUCCCUCCCUCAUCUAACGUUAGGAAAGAUAAUUAUGGGUAUUUUUGGAACCUCGUGAAUUUACUCGGAUUUUAUUCUUUUUUAUUUUAUUUUAUUUUUUAUUCUUUUUUAUUAUUUUCCAUUUUCUGAUGCCAUCUUAUUUCCCAUUUUGAUUUUAAUUUGAGAAGUCUAGUAAUCCGCUGGGAGAUCGGUAGGAACAGCCCUGCUAGUGCUAUCGUCGUGCCUCUAUAUCAGUCCACUCUCCUCCGCUCUUCUUCAUCCUCUUCUGCAGUUUCAGUUUCAGACUUCCUCUGCAGCCUUCUUCAGACUCCUUCAACGCUCUUCUUCAAUAACAUCACUCGGUCUUGAGCCUCCAAUUCUAUAAAUCUUGCCUUCCUCCCCCCCCCUCCCUCGACUCCCCUCCCAUCCUUUCCUCCACAGGAUGGCCCGAGGAUCCUCACAGGAGCGCAAGACCAUUCACCGCAACAGCGCCUCUCUAUCUUCCAACCACAUCAUUUCUGUCUUGAACAGCCCUGCCACCUCGACCUCGCCUUCUCCCGAACCUCACCAAAUUUCAGCAUCCAUCAUGGUGGGCCGCAAGAACACUAUGCGCCGCAGCCCUCAGACGGAGGUUCCGCUGCCCGUUACAUACACCCCCACCACCCACCGCAUUAGCAAGGCCAAGAAGGGCAAGCGAGUACAUGCUUGCGAGUAUCCCGGUUGCAACAAGGUCUUCACCCGCGCCGAGCACCGGAGACGUCACGAAUUGAACCACAACCCAGAGGCUUCUUACCGAUGCACACACCAUGGCUGCAAGAAGGCCUUCCACCGACCAGACCUACUUGCGCGCCACAUGGAAAGACAUGAACUCGAGUCACAGCCUGAACAGGCCCAAUGGACUCCCCAAACUUCGGCUACCCUUGUGAACGACUCGGCCUCUAUCCCACGCUGCAUGCCCAUGGACGGCGGAAGUAUGAUGGCUGCUGCAUCGCAGCAGUCGCACUCUAUGUCUAUCGGUUCUAUUGUGGCUCCCGGUAUUCACCCGGACCUCGCCAACAGCUGCUCUCUGAUGUGGAAUGGUAUGGAUCUGCCUCUGCAGCCUCGCCCAGCGGUCAACCUGUUCCAGAAUCAGCUCCCCGAGUCCGCCGAUGACAGCCCCUUCUACUCUUCGCCCGCAGAGACCUGCCCUUCGCCUCUAUCGGACGUUGCCUUCUCAAUGCCUCCUCACUCCAGCUCCAUCUCCUCCAUCUCCUCAGCCGGUACCUCCAUUAUUGACCACUACCCCAAGGGUAUGUUGAAGGCCGAUGUGACCUCCUCCCCACUCCAGAUGCACUCGCCUUUGCGAUGGGACGGCUCCGACACGGGCAUGCCGCCUUCUCACCUCGUGCCGAUCUCGCUGGAGGAGAACCUAAUCCAGCCGCCAGUCCAGUGCCACUACCCUUCUCCGUCGUGGUCUAGCGCGGACUGCCUGCCUUACGACGAGCAGAUGCACUCAUUGACCCACUUCCAGCCGAUGAACUGGAAGCAGUGGACAAUGUGAACGGAUCACGCCUGAUUGCACCUUUGAUCGAGUCGCCCUCCACGAGGACCACGGGCCACGCUCGGUAUCGCACGACGGAUGACCUCUUUCUCUCCCCCCUGCUUCCUGGCUGCUAGCUGCUAGCUGCGUCUCGAGUCGAUGGGUCGCAGAAGGCACCAUCAAAAAUGACUCUCACCUCUCAUCCUUUAGUUCCCUCCCCCCCCCACUGGAGGCGCGGUGACCCGCCGCUGCCCCUCCCUAAUUAUUCCGCAAAAAAAAAAAAAAAAAAAAGGAAAAAAAAAAAAAAAAAGAACACUCUGGGCUCGCUAAAUGCGCCAACGAACAAAGGAAAGAGAGAAGGUUGCAAGCGACGUGCAGAGUCUGGAUUCCUCGCCCACACACCUACCGCUCCACUCCCAUCUUCAACAAAACAAUAGGAGGUGCCGGGGGGCACGAAAGGCCACCAUGCUAUUCGCAGGUCGGGGAACACCGGCCCCAAGCGUCUCGAGGCGCGACCGCGGAGCGACUUCUAGUGGAGAAGCUUCGGUUCGGGCAAGCGGCUCCACUCCAGAGCCCUUUUGUACCGAAGAAACAGCAACCAAAACAGAAAGAGAGAGAGAGAGAGAGAUAGAGCAGCCGCGAAAAAGAAUAUCUUUUUUCCUUACCAAUUGCUGCAUUGUUUCAACUUUUGAACUCUUUGGGAUAGAGUUUUCAUGGUGUUUAUGAGUUCUCGGUGUUUGGCAUCCUCUUUUUCGCUGAUGAUUUGAUGUUGAUUAUGCAUCUCUUGUGUCUUUUGUGUUUGUUUGACACGAUUUUUCUUUGCUAUUUCUCCUUUUCUUCUCUUUCCUUUGUUGUAUACCCAUAUGUACCCUCCCCCCAUGCCAUGUGUUACUUGGUGUCUGAUAUACGAAUACCCUCAGUCGACUGUACAUACUUCAACUUGACUCUGCACAUACUUCAAGACAAAUGGACAUACAAAUUCUGAUCCAACCCAUA